CACCGCUUCUCUCUUUCUCUCUCACUCGGCCUUAGCUAGAGAGCCUUUUCCUUCUCUUACGUGGCUUGCCGGGAUUGCCUCCCUCUUCUUUCUUUUCUCUCUCUCUCUCUCUUCAACUCCUUCCUCCUCAACUCUCUCCGUCGUUCUCCUUUAGUUUAUUUGUUUUGGGGGUCCCCGAAGUCCCCAAGGCUCAGCUGCUGACAGCCCACCUUUCUCAUUUCCACCCUUCCCCUCCUCAAAAACAAAAAGGGCAAUUGAUCUCCCACAAUGUCAUUCAUAUUUGAAUGGAUCUACAAUGGCUUCAGCAGUGUUCUGCAGUUUCUAGGAUUAUACAAGAAGUCCGGAAAGUUAGUUUUCUUGGGUUUGGAUAAUGCAGGCAAAACCACUCUUCUGCACAUGCUUAAGGACGACAGGUUGGGUCAACAUGUGCCUACCCUGCAUCCAACAUCAGAAGAACUGACAAUUGCAGGAAUGACUUUCACAACUUUUGAUCUCGGUGGCCAUGAACAAGCUCGGCGUGUUUGGAAGAAUUAUCUACCAGCGAUUAAUGGGAUUGUCUUUUUAGUGGACUGCGCAGAUCAUGCACGUCUUUUGGAGUCCAAAGUGGAGCUUAAUGCACUAAUGACUGAUGAAACAAUAUCAAAUGUGCCAAUUCUUAUCUUGGGUAACAAAAUUGACAGACCAGAAGCUAUCAGUGAGGAAAAGCUGCGAGAGAUUUUUGGGCUUUACGGGCAGACCACAGGAAAGGGGAAUGUGCCACAGAAGGACUUGAACACACGUCCCAUGGAAGUGUUCAUGUGCAGUGUACUGAAGAGGCAAGGCUACGGUGAAGGUUUUCGUUGGCUAUCGCAGUAUAUUGACUGAUACUUGGAGAGAAAUCUACUCCUGGACUGAUCCUGUUCACAGCUUCCUUAUGGACUUUUCUAUUAGAACAUGGAAGGCUCUCCAACCGCAUACUGGCAAUGACCGAGAGACUCCUGUCUUCACUUACCCAAUAUCACAGUGGUGACACAAUUCUUUUCCCUUUGUCUGGGAGAUAACAUUCUACACACUGGUGCAGGUUGUUGUCACUUCCAGUUGCCAUUGUUUCCCAUGGAAACCAUGGCUUUCAGUUACAAUGGGGCUGGUGAGUUGGAACGCAAAACUGCACACAGCGCUCUGAAUGGCUGGAAAAGAGAACCUGUCUCACCACUGUGGCCAAUUGACUUUGGAAAAAGCAAUUCUAUUUUUUAAAGAAAGUGUUUAAUGUAAACGGUGUCCCUUUAGAUUUCUUAAGUUAGCAUUCAUCUUGUUUGGGCCAGAAUUCGAUAGGGUUUUUAUUAAUCUAUUUAAAUGUUAUUUAGAUAGAGAGAUCCCAAAUUACUGAACCAGCUAUCAUGAUAUUAAUAAUCCUUAGUGAACAGAAAGAUGGGCUCAGUUGCCCUGUAAGAUGGUUGUGCUGUCACACUGUUUGAUCAUGAAGAUGGUGCUAUUGGGACUGACUUGUGCAAUGAUUUGUUUUCUUUAAUUUACAGGGGUUUUAGUUGGGGAGGGAAAUGGAACGCACAUGCAGACACACUUGUUCUAGCUUUCCAUGUCAUUAUGCACAGGAGUCUGAAAUGCGGUUAAUCACCUUAGCCCACCUCUCAAAGUUACCACCACUUCCUUUGUCGGCAGUCUUCUUAUCCCCCUUCUCUGCAGCAGCAGUGGAACAGUUGUCUCAGGCUUGUGAUAUGGUUUGUUCUACAUUGCAGGCAACUGCUGGGAAAAAAAUGCAGUAGAAAUCAUGAGUUUAUUUUGUUGGGUUAUUGUAGCAUUAAAUUUUUCCACCAAAUGCAUAUCAUAAUGCUGUUAAUGUAAACUAACCCUGUUUCUUUUAUAUUCAACAGAGCUUGUGUUUGAAAUUUCA